AUGGUCUCAACUUUAUACCUCGCCGGAGGAUCCGGUUUGACCACCCUUUCCGCUGUGGGAUUGUAUAUGCUUUUGACAGGCAAGGGUGAAGCAUUCAACAUAGGACAAUUCCUGGAAGAAACCUCUCCUUACGCAUGGGCAAUGAUCGGUAUCGGACUUUGCAUCGGUCUUUCUGUCAUCGGUGCUGGGUGGGGAAUCUUUAUCACAGGUGCAAGCAUUCUGGGUGCUGGUGUAAGAGCUCCUAGGAUUACAACCAAGAAUUUGGUUUCAAUCAUCUUCUGCGAAGUCGUAGCAAUUUACGGCGUCAUCAUGGCCAUCGUAUUCUCCGCUAAAAUCACAGGCAACUUGGAGGGGGGAACAGAUGGGUUGUGGACACCCAACAACUAUCUCACUGGACAUGUGCUCUUUUGGGGUGGCUUGACGGUUGGAAUGUGUAAUUUGUGUUGUGGAGUCGCGGUGGGUAUUACGGGUAGUAAUGCUGCGGUGGCUGAUGCAGCUGAUCCACAGUUGUUUGUCAAGAUCCUGAUCGUAGAGGUUUUUAGUAGCAUCUUGGGGCUGUUUGGGUUGAUUGUCGGAUUGAUUAUGACGGGGACUGCUGAAGAGUUCAAGUGA